CGCAUUAUGUCCCCGUACACGGCUAUAAUACGACGCAGCGGGAAUCCAUUCGAAAUAGCUCACGUGCUGGUUUCCUGGCUGAUUGGUGCGGGGUAUGACGCGUACAUAGUAGUCGGCUGUGCCAAGAGAGACGUCUGUAUGGCUAUACGAUACAGGACAAUGUGCCCUGAUAUACCGGACGAGAGGGAGAUAGUGGAGGAAAUACCACCGCCAGAAGAGGAGCCUCGAUACCGACUCGUACCUCUACCAGAUCUGAACUCUAAGUAUUGUCAGCAGAUGGACAAAAAGGAGAAAGACAAAAAACAAAGUGAAUUGGAUAAUAUCGUGAACGAAAGGCUUAGGAAAAUUGAGGAUUUAGAAAAACCACCACACGAUGAAAUCGAUGGCUGGCGGACGCAUGCUUGGAUAUUAAUAUUACCAGGCAACAUGGGUAUCGAAGAGCCAUUCUUCAUAGAGCCCAGUGAAGGUAAUGGAUACCCAUUAGACGCGAAGCAGUACCAACAUCUGGACAGUGUGUAUAAUCACGAGAAUUAUUAUGUAAACUUACAAAGUUGUGCUGAAGGCCUGGAUAGCCUAAAGUAUGACUUGGCCAAUUUAUCAUGCUGGGAACACCUCCUCGCUGGCGAACCAUUCCAUAGAAGACAAAUGUUAGGAGUCGAUACUGCCGACAAGAGAACAGCAGUUGACACUGAGAAGCACUUGGACGUUCCAGCUAGCUGGGUGGAGAAACUAGAUAUUAGCGCUGAUGAAUUCGAACAAAGAUAUCCUGGUAGUCAUAAAGUGAUUCAUUACAAGAAGGUGAUCCUGGAGAAGUUCUCACCAUAUUCUCAGAGAGAUGGUAUCGUGAAGAGAGUCAAGAUUUUUGAUGACUAUGCCCUCACUAUCCCGCUACUUACAUACGAGUGGUACAAAAAUAGGGUUGACAAGAUGGAUACGGUCAAGAUAGACCAUGUCAAAAAAGAAAUAUUGGAGAAGUUUGGUAUCGGUAGGAAGGACCACAUAAUAAAACACGUGUAUUCAAUAGAAGCACCGGUUGUGUCAGUGGAAGGUGUUCGAACUUUGGAGUUCAAUUACUACGCACGUCUGGACCAUCUCACCAAGCUUGUAUGCACCCCACUGACCUUUGAUGAACACUAUACCAAUAGAGAGGAUAGGUUAGAAUCUAGAAUGAUUGUCUAUACAGAAGGCACCAAAACGGAACCUAAACGUCAAAUAAAGGAUAUAACAGAGACAUAUGGAAGAAAUCAUUCUGUACCAGCUAAGGAUGAUGUUUUUAAGAAAAUCUUUCAUAUCCAAGAGAACACUAUAGAACUAUACUACCAUUAUGCAUAUAACUUUGUCACGAAUGAUAGUAGAAGCUAUACAAAGCCUAAUUUAGCGGAGUCUGGUGGCAAAAUACUUUAUUAUCCUGAAAAAACUUCAGGUUACAUUGCUGACCCAUGCGCUAAACCGCCGCGACCCCUGAACAUUUAUUACGCUCUUUGUGAGAAUAUGGAAUGGGAGUACAAGACUAACAAACACAUAAGAGAUCGGGAGUCAGAUAUUAAUGGAUACUUGAAACAGCGGUACAAGGAGUUGACAGAGCCUCUUUUGUUUGUCGCCUUAUUUGAUACUGAGAGGAACGAAGCGGCAAAAAAAGGAUGGAAAGAACAAGAGACAAAAAGAGCCGAGGUGACAGAAAGAGAAAAGGAGGCUGAGAUCGACCCACUGGCUCCGUACCUCGCUCGUAUGUUUGGCUCCGGUCACGGGGCUGGUUCACCGCUUUCAAUCAAGGAGGCCACAUUAGUCAGAGAACAAUGUAUUAACGACUUCAGAGCUAAACAACUGGCCAGGCAGAAUUUGGUGCAGGAAAGAUUCGACACGCUAAAUGAGGAAUAUAAAAGCAAGAGACUUUGGUAUCUGGCAAACCAGUUCAUCCUAACACCUGAAAAGGAGAGUGCCUACUUUGCUACAAGUGCUGAAUUGGCGUUCAAGGUGCACGCAUUAGAAGUAAGGCUGACAAGGCACAGGGACCUCUCGGAGCCGCGGUUCAAGAUGCUCCGUGACUAUCUGGACAAGCAUCCUCUCCUCAAGGAAUACAACCGCAUGAGGCACUACUAUGGCGUGAAAUAGGACCGUAAUGUCUCCAGUCGGCUUUAAGAAGCAAGAAAUAACACUAAUCCUCAUUCACUGGCAAUUGCUUAGACAAAAAUAUAACAAAAUAAACUAUUCUGACAAGUUAUGCUAUAUUCUUGCUAAAGUUUAAUUUGAUACAGUUAUUUACUAUUUUCAAUUGUUUUAUUUGUAUUUAUUAUAGGUAUUAGCUGAUAAUCUAUCUUCAAAGCAAGAGGAGAAACGGGAUGAGGAAAAACCCUGAAAA